GAUGGCGGGUGACUCAGCCGAUCAAGGUCAGGGCGAUGCACAGCUGAUCCAGGAGGUUGAGUGUCUGAAAAGAAAGCUUGAGGACGAGCGCAAUAAGCUUUCUGAUGAAGACCUUGUCACAGCUAGUCAGCACCUAGAUGCAGUACCAUCUUUAAACAUUCGGUUACGACGAGUACUUAAAGGUCAUCAGGGUAAAGUAUUGAGUCUCUCGUGGUCUUUAGAUAAACGGCACAUAGUAAGCUCUUCACAGGAUGGAAAAAUUAUUGUUUGGGAUGGUUUCACUACAUCUAAAGAAUACUCAAUAUCAAUGCCUACCACCUGGUUAAUGUCAUGUGCAUACAGUCCUUCCGGAGGCUUCAUCGCCUGUGGUGGCCUUGAUAAUAAAUGCACAGUUUACCCACUUCUUUCGGAGGAGGACCCCAUCCUCAAGAAAAAGCUUGUAGCAACGCAUACUUCAUACUUAUCCUGCUGUUUAUUCAACAUAUCUGAUCACCAGCUGCUUACAGGGAGUGGAGACAGUUCAUGUGUCUUAUGGGAUGUUGAAUAUGCACAAAUAAUACAAAGUUUCUAUGGUCAUUCUGCGGACGUGCUGAGCAUUGCACUAUCACCAUCAGAAUUCGGAAAAACAUUUGUUUCUGGGGGAUGUGACAGAUGUGCUAACGUCUGGGAUAUGCGCACUGGACAGUGUGUUCAGGUAUUCCAAGGUCAUGACUCUGAUGUCAACAGUGUCAGGUUUUUCCCUAGCGGUGAUGCGUUUGCCACAGGCUCAGAUGAUGCAACCAUCAGAUUAUUUGAUCUGCGCGCUGAUCGUGAAGUUUGUGUAUACAAAAAGGAUAGUGUCAUUUUCCCAUGCAAUGCAGUUGACUUCUCUCUAAGUGGUCGCCUAUUGUUUGGUGGUUAUAGUGAUCAUGCUGUGAAUAUCUGGGAUGUACUCAAAGGUCAACGUAUUAGUAUUCUCUAUUGUCAUGAAAAUCGUAUUUCAGCCUUACGUGUCAGCCCAGAUGGAACAGCUAUAUGUACUGGGAGUUGGGACACAACUUUACGGAUUUGGGCGUAAAAAUUUCUUUGUUUAUUUUACGGGAAAAAUAAAUUUCAUGAAUAUAUGAACUCAUUUUAUAAUAUACAUUCGUAUUACCUGACAUUUUAAAAUAUUGACUUACUUUAUUCUUGCAUUUAUUAGAGUAAACACGAAUCUUUAUUUAUUUCAAGUAUUUUUCUUUUAUUAUUUGUUCACAUUUUUAAAAGCUCUCUACGUGUGAUAAUUUACUUAUUUUAUGCGUGUUAUUUCUUCUGUGUAUAUAUUUUAUUUAACUUUAUUAUUAUUAUUAUUAUUAUUAUUAUUAUUAUUAUUAUUAUUAUUAUUAUUAUUACUAGUUCUCUGUGUUUAUUAGAUAAACUUACCAUAUUAUGUAAUGCAUAAAUUUGUUAAAAAGCAGCAUGUUUUUUGUUUUGUGUAGAUAUACUAUAAUUAUGAAUAGUUGAAAUUUGCUUUUUUGGAAUGGGACAUUCAAUAGUUUGGGCGUCUAUGUGUUAAUUCACAUGAAAUUUUUUAUUUUCACUUUUAUUAUUGUUUUUCUGGGUAUCACUGUGAUCAAGCACGUUAUUGUUUUAAUGUAUUUAAUACUAAUAAUUGACGAACCAUGUUUUACACAUACUUUUGUUUAAUUCAUUAUUUGUGAUUUUACUGUUUCAAUGUUGAGUUUUAAUUCUUGUUCUAAAAUACGGUAACAGGCAUUGAUAAAUAUAUAUCAAUUACGACUAUCAAAGAUAGAUUAUUGAAACUAUAUUGUGAUCUCCUGUGGGAAUGAAUAGUGUAAUAAGUAAAUGAUUUCCGAGUACUGUGGUAAUAUAAAAAUAUGGUAUGGGAAUAUAUGAACUCCCUUAAGAACUUAUAUUGAUUAGUGUUAUUUGUUGAAUGAUGUUUAAAAAAAUCGUUAUUUGUAAUUUUACCAAGUUAGUAAUUCAACUACCAGUCGUACGAUUCAUUGUUAU